AUGUACACCGACGACUGUCCUGGUGUAACCUGUCAAAAUGGCGGAAUUUGCAUUGAUGGCAUCAACAGCUAUAGUUGCCAUUGUCUUCCUGGCUAUGAAGGAGAUCACUGUGAAACAAACACCGACGACUGUGAUGGUGUGACCUGUCAAAAUGGUGGAACUUGCGUGGACGGCGUCAACAGCUAUAGCUGUAAUUGUGAUGUUGGCUAUGAAGGAGAUCACUGUGAAACAAACACCGACGACUGUGAUGGUGUGACCUGUCAAAAUGGUGGAACUUGCGUGGACGGCGUCAACAGCUAUAGCUGUAAUUGUGAUGUUGGCUAUGAAGGAGAUCACUGUGAAACAAACACCGACGACUGUGAUGGUGUGACCUGUCAAAAUGGUGGAACUUGCGUGGACGGCGUCAACAGCUAUAGCUGUAAUUGUGAUGUUGGCUAUGAAGGAGAUCACUGUGAAACAAACACCGACGACUGUGAUGGUGUGACCUGUCAAAAUGGUGGAACUUGCGUGGACGGCGUCAACAGCUAUAGCUGUAAUUGUGAUGUUGGCUAUGAAGGAGAUCACUGUGAAACAAACACCGACGACUGUGAUGGUGUGACCUGUCAAAAUGGUGGAACUUGCGUGGACGGCGUCAACAGCUAUAGCUGUAAUUGUGAUGUUGGCUAUGAAGGAGAUCACUGUGAAACAAACACCGACGACUGUGAUGGUGUGACCUGUCAAAAUGGUGGAACUUGCGUGGACGGCGUCAACAGCUAUAGCUGUAAUUGUGAUCUUGGCUAUGAAGGAGAUCACUGUGAAACAAACACCGACGACUGUGAUGGUGUGACCUGUCAAAAUGGUGGAACUUGCGUGGACGGCGUCAACACCUAUAGCUGUAAUUGUGAUGUUGGCUAUGAAGGAGAUCACUGUGAAACAAACACCGACGACUGUGAUGGUGUGACAUGUCAAAAUGGUGGAACUUGCGUGGACGGCGUCAACAGCUAUAGCUGUAAUUGUGAUGUUGGCUAUGAAGGAGAUCACUGUGAAACAAACACCGACGACUGUGAUGGUGUGACCUGUCAAAAUGGUGGAACUUGCGUGGACGGCGUCAACAGCUAUAGCUGUAAUUGUGAUGUUGGCUAUGAAGGAGAUCACUGUGAAACAAACACCGACGACUGUGAUGGUGUGACCUGUCAAAAUGGUGGAACUUGCGUGGACGGCGUCAACACCUAUAGCUGUAAUUGUGAUGUUGGCUAUGAAGGAGAUCACUGUGAAACAAACACCGACGACUGUGAUGGUGUGACCUGUCAAAAUGGUGGAACUUGCGUGGACGGCGUCAACAGCUAUAGCUGUAAUUGUGAUCUUGGCUAUGAAGGAGAUCACUGUGAAACAAACACCGACGACUGUGAUGGUGUGACCUGUCAAAAUGGUGGAACUUGCGUGGACGGCGUCAACAGCUAUAGCUGUAAUUGUGAUCUUGGCUAUGAAGGAGAUCACUGUGAAACAAACACCGACGACUGUGAUGGUGUGACCUGUCAAAAUGGUGGAACUUGUGUGGACGGCGUCAACACCUAUACAUGUGAUUGUGAUUCUGGCUAUGAAGGAGAUCACUGUGAAACUCAGACAGACUGCAGCGACUCGAGUCCUCACUGUGGUUACUGGGCAAGUAUAGGUGACUGUGAGAACAAUGCAGGGUACAUGCUUGCCAACUGUCCUCUGAGUUGUGGCGUGUGCACUUCAGACACCGACGACUGUGAUGGUGUGACCUGUCAAAAUGGCGGAACCUGCGUGGACGGCGACAACAGCUAUACAUGUGAUUGUGUUUCUGGCUAUGAAGGAGAUCACUGUGAAACUCAGACAGACUGCAGCGACUCGAGUCCUCACUGUGGUUACUGGGCAAGUAUAGGUGACUGUGAGAACAAUGCAGGGUACAUGCUUGCCAACUGUCCUCUGAGUUGUGGCGUGUGCACUUCAGACACCGACGACUGUGAUGGUGUGACCUGUCAAAAUGGCGGAACCUGCGUGGACGGCGACAACACCUAUACAUGUGAUUGUGUUUCUGGCUAUGAAGGAGAUCACUGUGAAACUCAGACAGAUUGCAGCGACUCGAGUCCUCACUGUGGUUACUGGGCAAGUAUAGGUGACUGUGAGAACAAUGCAGGGUAUAUGCUUGCCAACUGUCCUCUGAGUUGUGGCGUGUGCACUCCAGCGACAGUUACUACAGCGCAGCCAACGACUCCGAGUCCAUUGACACCGCCUCCAAACACAUUGACAACGCCCCCGAGGUCAUCGACAACGCCAGCCGCACCAACUUUCAUGAGGAAUGCCGCCUGGGUAGUACCUGGAUAUCGUGUGAAUGAAAGAGCGGAGGUGACUCUUCUCUGCGCGGCGGCUGGAGGUAUCGCUCCCGGGCCUCCCGCGUUCUCCUGGAGUCGGAGAAACGCGGCCAGUCUUCCCGCAGGGGCCGUGGUCGAUCCGGACACAGGGACGCUGAGGAUUCCCAGCGCUCUUCCCGAAGACGACGGAGAAUACACCUGUACAGCCGACGAUGGCGUUGAGAUGGUCUCCAACGGCGUUAGCUUUGAUGUCUGCCCUGAGAUAACAGAUUGCAGCGACUCGAGUCCUCACUGUGGUUACUGGGCAAGUCUAGGUGACUGUGAGAGCAAUCCAGGGUACAUGGAUCCAAACUGUCCUCUGAGUUGUGGCAAAUGCCAUCCAGAUUUACCUCCGGACUGCCUCACAAGUAAGCGCGGUGUAUCAUGGGAAACCUGGGAGUGCAAUGACGUCACAUCUGUCCCGGAUGAUGUUCGGACCGAACUCAAUUUGGACCCCUUCUAUCAGAAAUACCUGCACGCAUACGGUAUCCCCAUUUUGGGCUCUUCCAUUCUGUCUGACGACGCCCUCCGGAGAUGUUGCUACGAUGUGCUGUUCAUGUUAGCGGACAGGAGGGACAUCCGAGACUCGUACUUUAACGUCUACGGUAGAGCAGCCAUCAUGGCCCAAACUGAGGUUACCCAGGAUAUCCCCGAACAUGCCCACAUGGACGACAGCUUUAACACCCGGGCCCGAGGACUGGGGGGCACGGUGACCUGGCCUGUGUCGACAGGGGCUGAGGAGAAUGUUCUGUGCUUCCAAAAUGACAGCUAUAGAGUGGAGGACAUAUUUAUGCACGAGUUUGCCCACGGUGUACACAACAUGGCGGCCAGGAUUGUGAUCCCGGAUUUCGAUUCUCGUCUGCAAGCGGCUUACGUGGACGCCUUGGCAAACGGACGAUUCGCCAACACAUAUGCAGACGACACCGUGUUCGAGUAUUGGGCAGAAGGUGUGCAAAGCUACUUCUACGUAAACCACGAGAGUGACCCUCCUGAUGGCAUCCACAACCAUGUCGACACCCGGGAAGAGCUCAUGGCCUAUGACCCUGUCCUGUACAACCUCAUCCAUGAAAUCUUCCCUUGCGAGAAUUAUGUUGUCAAUCGCUGUGUGAGAGACUAUGGUGCGUCGCAGAUCAAGCUGGACUGCAAGAACGGGAUCCCUCGCACCACUAUCCAGGGAAGUACCAUUUUCCAGUGAGUGAUGCUCAGGUCACAUUUCCAAACC